UUUAAUUGUCUUUGCUUUCUUCAACCAACUAUUGAUAUUAUCGUAAGCCAAAAGCUAAAAGCUCAAAAGGGGCGAAGAAGAACAAGAAAUUUGUUUGUGGAUCGAGUUGUGGACCUGGCGGUGAUGGAGGGCUUCUCUGCCUCGUCUCCUCCUCGAAUCUUUUGGAACUCUCGCAAGAGAUCAGCCACUCCCCGGAGUUUGGAGAACAAACUCAUGGAGGAGAGUCUGAAACCCGCCGGAGAUGGGGCGAAGACAGCGACGACGGCAGCCGGCCAGCGUGACGACGAAGACGUGGCCACCGCCAAGGAAGCUGCUCUGACGGAGCGCCGGCGAUCCCUGUUCGAGCCACUGGAGUGUACUGGCUCAAACGGCCGCCGCACGCCGGCAGAACUCCUCCUCCCUCCGCCGGACUUCGAGGCGGCGUCCUACCCGAAAGGGUGGCUCGUCGGCAAGAAACGCAAGCUCGUGAACGUAGACGUCGUCGAGAGCAUGCGCCGGGUCGCCGUCCAAGAGAUGAACAGAAAGGACAAGGAGAUCGACGGACUCAACGAGCAGUUGGAGGAGGACGCCCGGUGCCUGGAGCACCUCCAGGUCCAACUCCUCGACGAGAGGAGCAAAAGGAGCGACGCCGAGAGGCAGAACGCCAUGCUCCGAGACCAGAUAUCCAUGCUGAUGACCAUGCUGGAAGAAAACCAAGCAGAAGAAAUAGAAGAAGAAGAACAACAACAACGACACACUUUAGGAGAUCAUUAAUUCAAUUUAUGUGAUAUAGAAGACAUUUUCAUAUAUCUAGUUGCAGUUUGUCUCAUUCUUUAAGUGAACCUUUAUGGCAUCUGUAAAGUGAAUGCCAAGUUGGUGGUUCAUAUAUUUUGGUUAAUGUUGUUCAAUACUCUCAUGAAAUGAGUUUGCCAUCAACCUCCA